AUGUGUUCCAAUGCACCCAGAGAAUCCAGUUUCCAGAUGCCUCAAGGGCCUGCAAGGGAUUUUCCUUGCCAAGUGUUUCAUAGUCUCCCAGUGACCCGAGGAAGUCCAAUGCAACCAUGUCUUUCAGUCCCAGAAAGGGACCUAUGUCCUCAAGAGUCCCAAAGACCAUCAGAAAAAUCAAGAUCUGUGGUGCAGUCAGGUGAACAUGGUGACCAACAAACCAGUCGCGUGGCUUCAAGGAAGGAGCGGAAAGUCCGAAUUACGUACACUGAGAAACAAAAGCGCAUGCUGCAAGAUCAUUUUAAUAGUUGCAGAUAUCCAACCCAGAAGGAUCGCAUGGCACUGGCCUCACGGGUUGGUGUGACACACUUUGACAUCCAGGUCUGGUUCAAGAACAACCGGGCUAAGGACAAGCGCAAGAAUCGCCAGAAUAUUCCAGCAGCACUGCCAGAGACAAAUGGAAGCUCUGAAGCUGUUUCUGAGUCAACCCAUUUUCCUGAUUCAUUACCAGUUGUUGACUCUGCCAAUGUUGAGUCCACAUUUGUUCUGGAUUCCAUUCCAAAAGUCAACCAGAGCCAGGAAUUUUCUCUGCAUCCUGUUCAAGCCUGUGGUGGUGCCAUGUGUAGUCAGCAAGAAGACCUGCUUGAUGGCCAUGCCCCUGAUAGAGGCAAGGACUCUGCUCAAUCAGCAGCAGGUGAAGUUCAGACUGGCCUAGCAGUAGCAGAAGCUCCAUUAGCCAUGGUAUGUGCCACCCAAUGUCCACAGAGUACUCAAGAUUCAGGUCCAUCUGCUGAGGAGCUCUGGCAAAGGAUACUUGAAGACUUUGACAAGUCAGAGGAUUGGUACGCUUGGGGAUGCACUCCUUCCCCAUGA